CAAACCCACUCCAGAGUGGCGGAGCUUUCACAAAUCGAACCUACCCAGCAGGCUCACCAUGCUCAGACCGCACACUCCGCUUCUGCUCAUCUUCUAUACCUCGCUGCUCCUGCUGGUUCCCGCCUCAGGACGAAGCCAGCCUGACACGGCCCACCAAGGCCCGCUUAAGAGCGGCAAACUGGACGACCAGGGCGUCUUAAUCCUGGAGGCGGUGAAGAAGGAGAUCCUUCGCUCUUUGGGUAUGGACAAAGAGCCAAGGCCUGCCAUGAAGGCCUCACAGAGGGAGCUGAGGAAGAUGUUCAAGCUCUACAGGGAAAAACUGAGUGAGAUGAGAAAAAACUCCAGCCAGUCAAUGAGGGAGACCUGGCAGUCCAACAUGUCUACGGUGCUCUUUCCAGUGGAGCCAUUACAGGUGCUUCGGAGAGGUGAUCAACGACGGAUUCUUUGGUAUCGAGCUGUUUUCCAAAAGGAUCAAAUAAUUCACCCCGAACUGACGCUGGCACAAGCCCAACUGAGAGUGUCCAGGCCUAUUUUAGGUAAUCUCACCUCAGUAAAGCCUGAACCUGGACAAUCUAUCAAAAUUAAAGUCAACGGGAUGAAGCCAAACUCUGUUGCAUGGCGCUACACUGACUCAGGGGACCAAAACAGUGUUUUCAUUAACCAAGAUGUGACCCUAGAUAUCAGCCAUAAGGCAAGGAGUUGGAGAUGGACAGAUGAUCAGAGACUGGUUGUGGAUGUAGGGAUGGUUCCACUCGACAGAGAAACAUCCAACGCAAACCCAGUUAUCACUCUGGAACUGGGCCUAAAGGAAUCCUUUCCUGCUCGGGGCAUGAGGCAGCGUCGUUCCAACAAGGAAGAUCUCUGCGAUGAGCGAGGGUGGUGCUGCCGGAAACCUGUGACCGUGUCCUUUAAAGACAUUGGCUGGACGGACUGGGUGGUGGCCCCAACCGAGUAUACGAUGCACUUCUGUGAUGGUACCUGCCCCCACAACUACAAGCCGGCCAGCAUGCACACGCAAGUCAAAUCCCGCCUGCACCAGAUCACCAAGGGAGGGAUCCCUCAUCCCUGCUGCGUGCCGGCAGCUUAUGAGCCCAUGGUGCUGAUGCACUACGACAGCAGGGGGAAGCUGAAAGUGACUCCGUUCAGCGACUUCAUCGUCACCAAAUGUCACUGUGCCUGAGGAGAACAUGCAAAAGACCUUUUCAGUGGCUUUAAACUCUAACCGUCCAUCCAUCCAUCCAUCCAUCCAUCCAUCCAUCCAUCCAUCCAUCCAUCCAUCCAUCCAUCCAUCCAUCCAUCUAUCCAUCCAUCCAUUCAUCCAAGCUUUAUCUUUUAAGGGUUAAGGCAUUAGGUUAAACACUAGAAGAAAAUCCUGUGUUGCAUAGUGAAUAAAAAAUGUUUGUUCUUAUAAAGUUGGCUUUUAUUCCUUCAUAUCAAUGCUUGACUAAACUUGAGUAAAGAUUUGACUAGAUUAGGAAUGCAUUCAUUCACUAUUCAGGAAGAAAAGGGUUAGUUGUACUUUACAAAAUGUAAAAACAGAAGAAAAAACAGGUAUUUAUUGAAUCUUUAUUUAUUAUUUGUGGUAUUUUAUUACUGUUGUGCUCUGUUACCCCAUUUCUAUUGAUUUGUAUUGUACUGAUUUGUUUUGUUUUAUAGGACUUUGAUGUUUAUGUUGUUGUCUUACGCAUUUCUAUAAUUGAAAACCUAAAUAAUAAACCUUCUUUUUUAA